AUGGUGAAAACGCGAUCGAUGCGUUCGACGCCCGAGGGAACGCGCGCGCAUCCGCUCGCCCGGGAGUGGAGCUCGACGAUGCACCCGUCGGUCGUCCGCGAGGCGUUUCUCGCGGAGUCGAUCGACGCGUACACGACGCGGGUGCGGACGCGGGUGACGACGGGGACGUGGAACACGAACGGAAAGGCGCCGAGGGGCGACGAGGACGUUCGCGGGUGGUUGAUGGGCGCGCGAGGGGAAGAGGGGACGCCGGACGUGGUCGUCGUUGGAUUCCAGGAGAUCGUGCCGCUGCACGUGGAUAAGGUGCUGGCGGGGAAGGACGCGGCGGCGACGGAGGCGUGGGAGGAGGUGUUGGACCGGGCGCUGAACGGAGACGCGGCGAGGCAGGGGGCGACGAAGCGCAGAGGAACGAUGGUGGAUUACGAUGCGUCGUACGGGAAUGACGCGGGGAGGGGGGGGGGGGCGUCGACGUCGGGAACGACGUCGUGGGUGUCUUUCGACGACGCCGACGUUUCGAGGCGCGCGAAAUCAAAAGCCGAGCCGACGUACAGACCUGUGGCGCAGAAACAGCUCGUGGGCGUGUAUAUCACGGUGUGGGUGAAAACAUCACUUUUGCCGCAUCUCAAAGACGUGCGCGUGGCGUCCGUGGCGACGGGAUUCAACAUUGGCGUCGGCGUGCUCGGAAACAAAGGCGCGUGUGCGGUUUGGAUGAAGCUAUACAGCACGCCUCUGGUAUUCGUGUGCUCGCACCUGAGCGCUGGGACCAAACCGGGUGAUGAACACAGACGAAACGAAGAUUUUGCGACGAUCGUGGAUCAGUUGAGAUUCCACCCUCCCGACGGCUUGGACGGCGUCGAGCAUACGAUUGAGGACGCGGCGAGCGCCAUUUGGAUGGGAGAUUUGAAUUAUCGAUUGAAUGCGACCGAUAAAUUCGUUCGAGACUGCAUUACCAAGGGUACGUUCUCACAGCUCCUAGCGUGCGACCAGCUGAACAUCGAGCGUGCUGGUGGGAGAGUGUUUCAAGGUUGGCACGAAAGCGAGCUCACAUUCGCGCCGACGUACAAGUACAGACCAGGGACAAAUAUUUACAGCGGCGCCGAGGACGCAGACGCUGACGUAGUCGACGCGGGGCAGAAGAAGGAAGAAGAGAAGAAACGGACGCCGGCUUGGUGCGAUCGAGUUUUGUGGAACGGCGAUUUUGACAUCAAUUUAUUGGAGUACGGUCGCUCUGAAUUGACGCACUCGGACCAUAAACCGGUACACGCCGUGUUUUCGAUCGUGGUUCGCGAGCUCGAUCCACAAAAAUUGAAUGCGCUCAUGUUUGACCUCCGCCGUCGACUCGACCACGUCGAGAUGGCUGCUCAACCGAAAUGUGCGAUUGUCAAUCCGAGCGUUGAUUUGGGUGAGAUGUUUUAUUCGCGUGACGCGCUUGGCGAGUUCACCAUGUCGAAUGUCGGAGACGUUCCGGCGAAAUUUAGUCUCGUUUCCCCCAUACCGGGCGGCCCGGCGACGCCUGGGUGGAUUACUGUCAAUCCGAUGGCGGGAAGCCUGCUGCCGGGCGAAGAAAUCGUACUCAAGGUUCGCGCGUGCGUGCAAGGCGGGCGCGAAUCAGGGCCGAGCGCGUUCAGUCACGAUUCUUUGUCAAGAAGAAGCGAAGAGCCGCUCAUCGAGAUUGGUGCCAAGCCGAAGCUCGUCGAAGCCGUACUCGUGGUACGAUUGGAGGGUGGAAGAGAUUUCUUUGUCAUGGUUAAAGGCCAGUACAUCCCUUGCGUGUUUGGAACGCCGCUGGAAGAUCUGCCAACGACAAUGUUCCCACCAAACUGUCCGCAGGUGAUCAGCACACUGGUCGACUACGUGUUUGAGAACAUUAGUACGGCUCCAGGGAUUUUCUUCGAACCGUUAGAUGGGUUGCGUACACCCGGGGGCGUCGCAAAGAUUGCCGAAACACUCCAGCACGGGGAAACGGAUAUUGAUUUUGGAGCGCUCGGUGUUAACGUCUAUGACGUCGGUGAAGCGCUUGUUUCUUUAUUGUCAGCGCUUCCGCGUCGAAUUCUUGAUGAGCCAGGAGUAUUAGACGCAGUAGACGCCAUGAAGUUAGACGAUCCGCAGCCAAAGGAGUUCGCGCACGGACUCCUGGGCCGUCACCUUUCCACCAAGGCCAAGGCAGCUCUCGUGCACAUCGCGGCGCUCAUCAAACGUCUCGACGAGGAAUGUGCGAAGACUGGAGCGCGUGUCCACGUCACGGAGAUGAUCCUCACAUUUGCGACGUGUUUAUUCCCGGAAUCCACCGAGCAGCCAAAUCCCAGACGCGUCGCCUUCAUCGGCGCGCUCGCCGGCUGUCAUCCAAGCUUCCUCCGGACCCUCCGCGCGCGCGAGGUCGCGCCUCCACCGAGCGAACCAUCCUUCCUUCCCGGUUGGUUUAACUUCUCUGUCUCUCCGGAGCCUCAGGAGUCGACCGGUAACGCCUCGGGAAAUCUCAUAGACUUUUAG